GACAACGUAGGGAAUUGUAGUUUCCAUAUUGAUUCGUUAAAAGCCAAAAGCUCCAUUUACAGGAUUAUAUCACAAAUAUAUUAACAAAUAUAUCAGUAUCAACUACUGCUAGCACUGCUAUAAAGACAGUCGUAGCAGCUCGGCGCGGGUUGAGGGAUUUGUCUCGCUUUGGACGGGACUGAGCUAAUGGACUACAAAUGCUACCGGAAGGUAGUUGAAAGUACUGUUUUCUGUACAGAGCUGCAAAAACUGGGGAGAUGAGACUUCCUCUUCGCUCCUUUUGCAUCUUCAGGAGUGUAAUUGCUCGAGGGCAAGCGGCAGACACGCAGAGGCGAGGACUGAGCGGUGCAGCAAUGCGUCUGGUGCAGUUUCAACGCCAUGAUGAUGAUGAUGGAGGCAGAAUCAGGGUGGGCGUGGAGCAAGGUGAGGGGCUCAGUGUGGUGGAUCUGAAGGCGUUUGACCCCUCCAUGCCGUCAACAAUGAGGGAGCUGCUGGAGCUGGAAGGCGAGGGCCUGGAGUGUGCACAGAGAGCCGUGGCAUCUGGUCAGUGUGUGGUGGAUCGAGCAGACAUCCAGCUGCUGUCCCCCGUGACGGGCCCAGAGAAGGUGGUAUGUGUAGGUAUGAACUACCGUGACCACUGCCUGGAGCAGAAUGCACCGAUCCCCAAAGAACCGAUCAUCUUCAGCAAGUUUCCCAGCGCUAUCACGGGGCCGUACGAUGACAUCAUUCUGCCCUCGGAGAGCCAGGAGGUGGACUGGGAGGUGGAGCUGGCCUUUGUGAUAGGACGUAGAGGAAAACACAUCAAGGAAGAAGACGCGCUUUCCUACGUGGCCGGGUUCACUGUGGCCAAUGACGUCAGCGCUCGUGACUGGCAGAUGAACCGUAACGGGAAGCAGUGGCUUCUAGGAAAAACAUUUGACAGCUUCUGUCCUCUCGGCCCUGCCUUAGUAACCACUGAUGCUGUGACAGAUCCUCAUAACCUGAGUAUCCAGUGCCUGGUUAAUGGAGAGCCGGUCCAGAGCAGCAACACGGAUCAGAUCAUCUUCAAGACAGCAGCUCUUGUUGCGUGGGUCUCAAAGUUUGUGACAUUGACUCCAGGAGAUGUGUUUCUGACAGGCACUCCUCCAGGCGUGGGCGCAUUCAGAAAGCCACCUGUCUUUCUCAAGAAAGGGGACGUCGUGGAGUGCCGGAUACAACAAUUAGGUUCUAUAAUCAAUAAAGUGGUGUAAACCCUGAGAGGAGAAUCCCCGAAUGAACGUCAGCCGCUGAACUGCGCUGACGCUCGCCUGCUUCUCACAAUUAAUUACCAUUCAAGUGUUUCACUUUUUUUCCCCCAACAGGAAAUAUGUAAAACUGUGAGACUCUUUUAAUCAUGAUACUUUAGUAAUUACGAGGAGAGAAAAUGUGUUUUUUAAAAAAAAAACACAAAACACUGUAAUUAUGUGACUCAACCUCAGAGUCAUCACGGGCUGUAAAAAUACCCUCCGUCAGCAGCCGCCCACUCACGCUGUGCAGAAGAAACUGUGAACCUCCUAAUUUUUUUUUUUUUUGGCUAUGUAAAUAUUAAAUUUCUAAUUAUGAUUUAUAUUCAGGAUGAAUGAUUGUGCACACA